UUUCCUUUUGUUUUAAUGUUAACGUUCGUAUCCACCUUAUAGCAACAGCACAUAAUGGCGCUGUCCAUUUUGAAAGGUCAGAUACCUAAGUUGUCUCGAAAAUAUAAUGCUUGGUAUUUUAGUCAACGACUGAGUGGAGAUGUUCAGAGACCACAACCAGGCAGCAGGUAUGUCAAACCUGUACUUGGCAUCAAGAAAUACCUUGCCCAGAAGUAUUCUGCCUUUGUUGAAGGAUAUGAACGAAUUCUACAGAAAAAUUUUCCUUCUGCUUUCAGGAUAUAUCAAAUAUUUUCUAUUGGUACAAAAGACUUGUUAACAGAUAUGAAGGAAUAUCUCCGCAUAUCACAUGAGCUUAGACAUGGAAAGUCUGUACGUGACCUUACUAGGAAAGAAUUGGAGACAUAUUUUCAGACUCCCAAAGACAUGAAGAAAGUGGCUCCCAUAUUGGUCAUAGCUGCUUUACCUUUUACUAAUUACAUUGUAUUCCCUCUUGUGAUCUGGUUUCCACAUUACGUGCUUUCAACACACUUCUGGACUAUCCAACAAAGAGUUGAUUUUGCCCUUCGUCGUCAUAGGAAGAAACUUUAUAAUUACAGACCAGUGUUUCGUCAGUUACAGUCUAAGGUUUUGACUGUAUCAGAUGAUAAUCUGAAAAAUAGAUGUGAAGCCAUACUGUCUCAAAUAGGUAGUGGUGUUCACCCCAGAGUAGAUGAAAUUUUAAAGGUUAAAUCACUCUUUGUGGAUGAUCCUUAUGGUUUGUGGACAUUAAAAGAUAGUCACAUGCACAGUUUAUGUCGGAUGCAUGGAUUGUCCACGCUUCCUGGAAAGCGACAUCGGUUAUGGAGCCAUGCUGGGUUCGUUAGGGAAAUGGAUUUGGCUAUUAUAAGAGAUGGACUGAAUAACAUGAAGUUUGAUGAGUUACGGUGGGCCUGCUUUUUGAGAGGUUUAAGUCCCCUUGGAUUACCAAAGUCUGAGAUCAUUAUGUGGCUAGAACAGUGGAUUUAUAUAGCCAAGAACAUUGACAAUCACAGCCUCUCACUGUUACUCCACUGCCCCAUUCUUCUUGCUUACAACUUUCACAGCAACUGGGUUUUGAUUCAUUAGGGUUUUUCUACAAUAGUUUAAGAACUAUCUGUCCAUUCGGCUAUUUAAAUAUGUAAUCAGUGUAAUAAAAUCCUUUACUGUAAUGAUAACUCCACUAUAGAAAAUAAUCCGAACUGGCUUUAACUAAAGACUGUGCCACAAGGCUUGGGAAUAUGCUUGUAUAGGAAUCCGAAAACAUACAGAAGGUAAAAGAAAAGUUAUUAUUUUAAUGCUUAUCAAUGAUCUUUUGUUUAAUGUUUUGAAACUCGUGUUUUAUAUCUCAUCUUCAAUAUGUAACACUUAAAACAACAGGAAUACUUUUGAUCAUUAUUAAGUAUGAUAGCUAGGACAUUCUUAUUAUUAAGAUCUAGGUAGAGAUAUGAGUAAAUUUACAUUACUCCUCGUAUUACUGAUUUAGAUAGAGCAGCAGUAUGUAAUCUGUCAAUGGUAUUACUGCUUUGAGUGAUUGUAGUUUGAGUUCUUCGCGAUUGAACGACUGGGUUUGAAAAAAUGAACACUAUAGGACUCACUGCAAUAUGUUUUGAACUAUACUAAAAAAUAGUGUAUGGGCAGAAUUCCUACUAUAAAACCAUUUGUAGGCUUCUUCUUACAGAUCUUCUCUUCUUAAAACAACAGCAAGAGUAUCUGUAAGGUCUACUGAAAUGUUCAGAAACCCACCAAAGAAGCAGUUGAGACCAUGAAAACUUUUAUCAUUUGUAUAUGUAAUAUAUUUCCUUAUUCACUUAUUUAUUUCCUAGUAUUAAAGUAAUUAGUAAGUUAAAAACACUAUAUAAUAUGGUUACAACUAGAAUUAUUUUUUCAUGUUUAGAGGAAUGUUAUAAUAGAACUGUAGAAGCUGCAGUCUUUGUUCUUUUAAGAUGUAUUUAAUUGAAAUUUACUGUAAACCUGCAACAGUACUGCUGUUUAUGUGUGAUAUACUGAUAUAGAAACUACCAUCUUAAUUACGUAGAGUUGUAUUAAGGUAAAAAGGAAACUGUGAAACUUAUGUAAUGCUAUUGUCUAAAAGAGAGAGAGAAUUUAAAUGUGACAUAGUGAUCUAGCAAAUAAAAAUACUCAUGAACAACCAUCUUACAAAGAGCUGUGGUAAAGGAAAUAGAACAAUUUACUUAUGAAUUUUUUAACUACCAACUUUUUUUUAUUUGAGAUAUAAUUCUGUGAUUAGUAGAAUGGGAAAAAAACAAUUGAGAUUUCUGAUUCAACUAUUCUAGUCAGAAGAAAAGAAAAAGUGUGUUAGUUAUGGUGCUUUGUGAAUUUUAUACAUCUUAAGUCAUCUUAUAAUUACUAGAAAUGCAUGAUAUUCUGACCUUUCUGAAUGGUGUUUUAAGAUUUUGUGGAAAAUACUAAGCAUAUGCUCUAAUCACCUAAGUUGCCACACUUCUAAACUUUAUUAGUAUUGAUUUUUGCUGGAAUAUAAACUGAUAAUGUUUUUUUUAUACUAUGUUAAACAUUUAAAACCCAGGGUCCCUUUGUUGCUAUCCAGGGCAAUGUGCUUUACUUCGAUGUUACUCGUGAUAUUUCUAAUGGGGUUUUAAAAAAAACUGUCAUCAAAAAAGAUCUCAUAACUGAAAGCUAUAAGAACUAGUAUUUUCUAAAAAAUAUGGUUGGAUUGGCAUUUAGCAUAAGCACGUAGUGUUUUAUGAAUAGCGGAUAAUCCUUUUAAAUUCAUAUAGAGAUGAAAGAUAGUUUGUUUUUUCAGUAAACUAUACCUUCACUAAAGUCAGUACUGGAUGGAAUACGUGGUUUGGUGAAAAAACAUUUGUCUACAUUUUUAUGUCGUAAAUCUAAAAGAUAUAUUGGAGAUAUCCUAAUGUUCCAAAGAAAACUAAUUCCAAAGCUUUAUUCCUGCAUGAUACAUUGUGUACUUUCAUUAAUAUAUUAGACAUUGUGAAAACAUUUUUCUGCUCCUGUAAUUUAUUAAAGUUCAAUAAAGUAUUUUUAAUAGUACAAGGAACAAAACUUCUAUCCAAGAUCAUCACAAGUUAACAAAGAAGGUUUGGUUAAACUAUGCGUACUAAUGUAUGUAAUUACAGUACAGCAAAAUAAACACAAAUAGUGAAGUAAUAAAUUCGAGAAAUACAUACAAGAUCUGGUUCUUCUGGGCUUUAAAAGUUUUAAUACAUCUGUGAAGUAAAGUUCUUCACUUAUGAAUUACUUCCAGUACAGAGAUGUUAAAUCUCUACAGCUUUCAAUAAUUCCAUGAUACUGGAGGUACUUUUGCAAGUGUAAAGCAGUAUACUGUACAACAUUCAAAUGUGUGUGUGUAUUGCUUUGAGAGGUUUAAGUCCCCUUGGAUUACCAAGUUAUACAAUAUGGAGACAAUGUACAAAAAGUCACUUCCACAAUAUUAUUAUUAUUUUUUGUUGAGUACAAGUAUGUUUAAGCGCCAUUUUUUUUUACAAAGUUUGAAAAGGUGGAUAUUCAUAAGGCUUGAAUGUUGGUCAGUUGGGAAGGUAUAUUAAUUUUGUUUUUCAUAAAUUUGCUUAUAAAGACCAU